GUCUCGCAGAUCCUCCACCAUAGCGGCCAGCUACUCCCUCUGCGGUGGCGGAUCCGUCGGCGCACAGCGCAGUUGAGGACACUCGUUUGGAUCUGCCGGUCAGCGCUCCCGCUGAUGCCUGUCGCGCUGGCCUCCGCCUUCCGAUCAGAGCCUGAGGUGACUACCUUCAAAGCCACCGCGACUCCGGCAUCUCGUGCACCAGACUCAUGAGUCUGCGGGUGAGUAUACCCAGCGGCACACACCGCAAUCGGAUUUCAACGUCUCCCUUCGCCCUCGUGUCCUUUCCAUCGCGCUCGUGCUUUCUCUUUCUCCCUCGCGCUCUCCCUUCGCCGCCACCGCUCUCUCUUCGCCGCCGCCGCUCUCUCUUCGCCGCCACCGUUCUCUCUUUGCCCACGCCCAACUCGCUCAUCACGCCGUUCCCCGCGAUGCAGUCCACCCACGUGUCCGCCGUGCCACGCCCCCGUGCAGAUGUGCUCACAGACGCAUGUCCGCUCUCCUCGCGGCGCAAAGCGGCGAGCUGCACGUUCUGCACAGUGCAGUCGUGCUGCCGCCGGUGCGUCGUGUUCACGUGCCCGAGGCCCGCGCCGACAACCUCGAGGAUCUGCUUGAGCUGGUUGAUGAACACCGCCUACAUGCCGCGCUCCGAAUGUGUAUUAUGAUCAUCGUAGUAGUCUCUGAAUACAUUGCAUUUAUGUCAAUUUAAAACA